AUGGCAUCUCCUAUGGGGGAGCACGGUACCUUCAAGGCCCCGCCGGGGGCACAAAGUCAACAAAAGCCAGGCCUAGAAAGCAAGAUGGCACCAGCGAGCGAGUCGACCAAACUGGAAGCAGAAGGCCAAUUUGUCGAAUAUGUCGGCUCAGGCAAGCUCAAGGAUAAAAAGGUCCUCGUCACAGGUGGAGACUCUGGGAUUGGACGAUCCGUGGCCGUUCUGAUGGCAAGAGAAGGGGCUGAUAUCAGUAUUGCCUUUCUUCCCGGGGAGACAGAGGAUGCAGAAUGUGUCAAGACAAUGGUCGAAAAGGAAGGCAGAUCUUGUCUUCUCAUACCAGGAGAUUUGAGGGAUCGCAAUGCGUGCCGUUGUACAGUGGAGGAACAUGUAAAGAAGUUUGGCAAAAUCAACGUGCUUGUCAACAAUGCAUCAAAACAGUACAUGUAUAAGGAGUUUGUGGACACCGACCUGGACAAAACCGAGGACAUUUUCAAGGCCAAUAUCAUCCAGAUGAUAGCAGUCACGAAAUUUGCUCUUGCACACAUGUCUCGGGGAGACUGUAUCAUUAACACCUCUUCCGUCGUGGCCUUGCGUGGCUCAGCCACCAUGGUUGAUUAUGCCGCGACCAAGGGUGCUAUUGUCAGCUUCACCCGGUCCCUGGCAGCACAAUUGAUCCCCAAAGGCAUUCGGGUCAAUGCGGUGGCCCCUGGCGCCAUCUAUACGCCGAUUCAAGCCGACACUCGAGAAGCCAAGCAAAUGGAAGGGUGGGGACAAAAGGCAGGCCUUGGCCGACCAGGCGAACCGAGCGAGGUUGCAACAAGCUUCGUGUUCUUGGCGAGCCCGGACGCAGCUCUGUACUACGGGCAGGUUAUGCAUUGUUAUCCACUAGGCGACUAA